CGGAGCGAGGCGCGUUCCCAGCAGGCGCCGUCCUUCUCCGUGGUGGUGGCCAUCGACUUCGGCACCACCUCCAGCGGUUACGCCUUCAGCUUCACCAGCGACCCCGAGGCCAUCCACAUGAUGAGGAAAUGGGAAGGGGGGGACCCGGGCGUGGCCAACCAGAAGACCCCCACCAGCCUCCUGCUGACCCCGGAGGGGACAUUCCACAGCUUCGGCUACACCGCCCGCGAUUACUACCACGACCUGGACCCCGAGGAGGCCCGCGAGUGGUUCUACUUCGAGAAGUUCAAGAUGAAGAUCCACAGCACCAGCGAUCUGACCAUGAAAACCGAGCUGGAAGCUGUCAACGGGAAGAAGAUGCCGGCGCUGGAGGUGUUCGCCCACGCGCUGCGCUUCUUCAAGCAGCACGCCGUGCAGGAGCUGAAGGACCAGUGCCCGUCCCUGCCUGAGAGCGACGCCAUCCGCUGGGUGCUCACCGUGCCGGCCAUCUGGAAGCAGCCGGCCAAGCAGUUCAUGCGGGAAGCAGCCUACAAG